UGUCAUUGCAGUGGCAACGCCUUCAGCAAGUAAAGAUUUUUCUGCGCUAAAAAAAAUAACAAAAAAGAUAAUUGGAAGCUAAAAUAGAAAUAAGUAUGGAUUUAAACAUGAAACCGUCUCUGGCUGCCGACGAAAUGUUUUCCGAAGGCCCCGGCUACAUGGAAAUGGACGAGUCCGGCGGAGCCACAGGAAUGAUGAUGGACCACCUGCCCUCCAACGAUAAGCACGUCCACGCUGACUUCUACAAUGAUUUUGAUGAUCUGUUCGAUGAAGACAACUGGGCCAAGAUGAAAACCGAUGGGAAACAGUAGAGGCCACCACGCAAUAAAUGGAUUGAAAGAUUUGUAUUCGCGACUCGUUCUUCUGUCUGUAAUUUUACUUGCACAAUCAGCGAUCAUUGGUGUAUAAAAAAUUGCUUCAACU